GAGGGUUGUACAGACACGCAUCUAAAAGUUCCUAUUUUCCCAUCAUAUAUAUUGCCAACAUGGGGAACUCUCAACCUAAAAAAGAGUCAGUGCAUGUGGAAGAGUUGACAGCCAUGAAUUCUACAGGUGAUCCCGAGAAAGGCGAAUACGAGAGACGCUGGGAGUAUGGAAAGACUCUGGAGGACGAACAUCCUGGAGGUAGUCUCUCCAAAGAAGAAUUGCUUCGAGUUGGAGAUACCAAGGCAUGGAACGCGUUUCGCACGUUUUUAUCGGUUUUAUUCUGGAUAUGUCUGAUCACUAUGCUAGGAGUGGCUAUAUACAUCAUUGUAUCAACCCCCCGGUGUCCACCAGCAGAAUGGUUCCAUAAAAACAAUGUUCAUCAAGUUUACCCGCGUUCAUUUCAAGACUCAGACGGCGACGGAAUCGGCGAUUUGUUGGGUAUCAACUCGCGACUGGACCAUUUGGUGAAUAUCAGCACACACUCCUUACUGCUAAACAAUAUCUUCCAAUCCGAUGAUAGUGGGUUGAUCUCUGGUAUCACUGAUUUCAAAGACAUCGACCGAAACCUUGGAACUAUUGACGAUUUUACCAAACUGGUGGAUAAUGCAAACGCAAAAGGCAUCAAAAUUAUCUUGGAUUUUAUUCCAAAUCAUUCAAGUGACGUCCACCCAUGGUUUUUAGAGAGUAGAAACGACAAAGAAAACGAAUUCAGCGACUUUUACGUGUGGGCUGACGGCAAUAAAACAGAUCCACCAAAUAACUGGUUAAACGUACACGGUGACUCAGCGUGGACCUAUGAACACCUAAGGGAUCAAUGGUACUACCAUACAUAUACAGAUAAACAACCCGAUCUGAAUUUCAGAAAUGAAGAAGUCAGAGAAGCAAUGCAGAAUAUUCUGACCCAUUGGUUGAAGAUCGGUGUUGAUGGUUUCAUGGUCAGGGACGUUUCGUAUCUGUACGAGGCUGAAGAACGUCUGAAUGAACCCGUAAACUUCGAGUAUGAUGGUGAAACCGAACCGUAUAACCAACUAAUACACUCCAAGACUUUAAACCAGCCAGAAAACUACAAAUUGAUCGCUGAGUGGAAGAAAACUGUCCGAGGGUUUAACACUCUUGGGAAGAUAAGAACAAUGUCAGUGGAACCACGUGGCAGUCUGGAGGCCACAAUGGGUUAUUACAACGACGAUAUGGAAAAUGGUGCCGAUACACUGUAUAACUUCCAACUAUUGGACCACCUUGAAGAAGACCUUACUGGCUUCAAUAUUGAAACACUCGUAAAAGAAUGGCUUAUUGCUAAAAAUAAUACUGGCUACAACGAUAGGUGGUAUACCUGGGUGAUUGGAGAUCUCAACAACAAAAGGGUUGCUAGUCGCUAUGGUAACCAGUAUGUGAAUACUCUAAAUGCAUUGGUGUUUUUAUUGCCCGGAGUGCCCAUUAAUUAUUAUGGAGAAGAGAUAGGUAUGGAAAGUCUCGAUGACGACAACGACGUAUUAAAAUUGGAAUUAGAUAACCAAGUAGCCAGAAAUGGGAGUAUGAGAAAAAGAGAAGCAGAUGUCAGCGAUGAUGACAGUAAGGGGCAAGGAAAUAACACUGUCCCGUCAACUACAGUAUCUAACGCCGGUCCAGUGCAGUCGAGUACUGAUCGCGAUAUCCAGGUGACGACGACCCCAGCCGAUGACGUGGCACCAGUAAGUUCAAAGGUCACGAAGAUACCAGUACAAGCGAAGUACGUGAAACCAGUGCAAUCGAAUGUAGAAGCCAAUUUGAGUCCAAUGCAAUGGGAUGAUAGCACCAAUGGUGGAUUUUCGAAUUCCUCUGAACUUAUCGUACCGGUGCACUCGAACUACAAGCAGAUUAAUGUGGCGGCUCAACUUGGCAUGGAGACGUCUACUAUGGCCCUCUUCAAACAAAUAUCAAAUUUGCGACGAUGGGAAGUGUCGCUGUUAGCAGGAGAUAUUAGUAGUGUCCUCGUAACCGAAGACAUAUACUCCUUUAUUAGGCAAUACGAAGAGUGGGCACCUUAUUUUGUCUCCCUCAACGUUGGAGACGAAACUAUCACCGCAGAUUACAAUGCGCUGGACACACGAUUACCAACUGAAGGCACACUAGUGUUCACAACAGACACAGAAAGAGAGGGGACCAUAGUUAAUUUCAAGCAAUUAACAGUUAGCGCUGGCGAAGCGAUCGUUGUUCAAUUUUAGUGUAUUUUCUAUGUUGUAUGUGUAUUAGAUGCGUCAGCUACAAUUGUUGAUUUGAAAUAAAAUUGAUUCUGAGUGCCCUAGA